AUAUAUGUAAGAUGAACACGACAGAGAUAACUGUGACAACCGUGUAAGUGGAUCUUAUCAUAGAACAAAUCAUGGUAAAGGAUAUGCGUAGAUAACGUCCUCAAUUUAUUUAUUGAAUUUAAUAGCCAAUUCUAAAAGUCAUAAAUCCUGAAGUUCAAGCUUUGUUGUGUUAUAUAAAACAUUGUAACUGAUUAUGGAUGUAUCGAUACCUAAUAAUAAAUCAAUCGAACUGAAGUUAUAGAUACAAAAUAAUUUAACAAAUUCAUAUCUUUCCUUAAAACUUAUGUAAAUAAUAUAUUUGAUUAAAUUACUUGUAAUUUUAUUUGAAAAACAUUUCACUAUAACAAUAAAAUUUGUUUAAUAAUGAGAUAAUUAUCUUUGUCAUGUAAACACAUAAAAUGAGCACAAAUAAACUUUUCACAUGUCCACCUUAUCAGGAACAGCAUCCACUCUUCUGUUACCUCGUGGAACAUUGGCUUAUUGUAAUAGAAAAAUAAAUCAAAACCUGGAAGAGGAAACAGGAAUUGAUCAACUCACUUCAGAUGAAAUAUUUCGUCCAGAAAUUGAAAGUGAAAGAUUAGUAAUCAAUGUAAGCGGUUUACGUUUUGAAACUCAAGCACAAACGGUCAAUCAAUUUCCUGAUACCUUACUAGGUAAUCCCAAUAAACGUAAUCACUAUUAUGAUCCGUUAAGAAAUGAAUAUUUUUUCGACAGAAAUCGAUCAAGUUUUGACGGUAUACUUUAUUUUUAUCAAAGUGGUGGACGACUUCGACGACCUGUUAAUGUACCAAUAGAUGUAUUCAAUGAAGAAAUAAAAUUCUAUGAAUUAGGUGACGAAGCAUUGGCCAAAUAUCGUGAGGAAGAAGGAUUUAUUAAAGAGGAACCGAAAAUACUACCAAGAAAUCGUUUUCAACGUAAAGUCUGGCUUUUAUUUGAAUACCCAGAAAGUUCAUUAGCUGCACGUAUAUUGGCUAUUGGUUCAGUAUUUGUUAUUCUCUUAUCAAUUAUAAUUUUUUGUUUGGAAACUCUACCACAUUUUCGUCGAUAUAAAAUAAUGAAUAACCAUAAUUCUACUUUAUGUUAUGAAGAAUUAACUUUUGAAGAAGAUGAUUUACCAACAAUUGACCAACCAUUUUUUAUAAUUGAAACAUUUUGUAUAGUAUGGUUUAGUUGUGAACUACUAGUACGUUUUGCUUCAUCUCCGAAAAAAUUUGAAUUUUUCAAAGUGCUAAUGAAUGUUAUUGAUGUGGUUUCAAUUAUACCAUAUUUCAUAACUCUUGGUGCUGUAAUUAUCGAUGAUCCUAAACAACUUAAUCAGACAACAUCAUUAGCUGUACUAAGAGUUAUUCGACUUGUUCGCGUUUUUCGUAUAUUCAAAUUAUCAAGACAUUCAAAAGGAUUACAAAUUUUAGGACAGACACUAAGAGCAAGCGUCCGUGAAUUAGGAUUACUAGUAUUCUUCUUACUGAUUUGUGUUAUUCUGUUUUCAUCAGCUGUAUAUUUUGCUGAAGCUGAUGCUGACACUUCAUUAUUUCGUAGUAUACCUGAUGGAUUUUGGUGGGCUGUUGUAACAAUGACAACAGUUGGUUAUGGAGACAUGCGACCGGUAACUGUAUGGGGUAAAUUAAUUGGUUCAUUAUGUGCUAUCGCUGGUGUACUAACUAUUGCACUUCCUGUUCCUGUGAUUGUAUCAAAUUUUAAUUAUUUCUAUCAUCGUGAAACAGAAUCAGAUGAUAUAUCACACUCUAUUUCUUCAUCAUUAGAAACAGAUGAUGAUGUUGACAAUAAAGAACAACAUAUAAAUACAAAAGUUCGUAGUAUUACUUACAAUAUCAAUAGUAGUGGUAGUAGUAGAUCCAUAAAGACAAUUUCACAUAACGAGAGUAGUGUUAACAGUCAAUAUGAUACAACAAUAACCAGUGCCUUGAAACAAAAUUCUAUUGCAUUAAAAAAGUAAUCACAUACUCUCGGUUUUCUUCUCAUAACAUUCUAAUUGUUUUUCAUGAAUCUACGAUAGUCAAUUUCGUUUAAUCAAUAUUAUGCUCAACUAC